ACUACACCAAAGUGUUGCAGUAAUGAGGAAGUGAUCCUAUUGCCAAAUAUCUCUAAUUUGCAGUAAGUCAUGACUGAUGUGACACUGGCUGCCCUCUGCCUGUGACUUUGUCACAAGCCAUAAAGAGUUCAUUAGGAACUGACCUCUCUCUCCCUGAGCAAACCAGUCUUACAAGCCACAGCCUGAUACUGGCAGGUAUGUGAGGGAACUACCACCUCUUAGCAAACAGAACCCCUUGCAUUCCUGUAGCAGCACAGAGACUGUGCAGCCUGGGGUAGGAGGGGUGAUCCAGUACCAGUUUUCCCUCUGGCAAUCUAGUAAAGGUGGAUCAGCUGUUGCUGAGGUGAAGAGUCAAUCAAACCGUUGCCAGGCUUCUCCAUGCCCCGAGCGAUGUAUAGGUGUGCAAAGGUGACCGUUUUAUUGAAGGAGUGAGAUAUAGCAUAAGGAAGGGCUAGUCCACCUCCUCUCCCUCCUUCACGAGUGAUGCCCCACCCUUCUCCCUGAUUGAGCCUGACAGACUGGUUAGAUACCUGUGGAUCUGAUAGCCUGCUCCUGCCUUCCUCUCUGCUCUUGUUUCAUGACAGCACCAAACUUGUGGACUCCUCAAUGGCUAACCCUAAACUUGCUUACUGCAAUGGGAAUCACACUGGACCCCAGAACCACCUGAAAAAUGGACUUUCCAAAAGAAACGGCCUCUCUAAAACUCUGCAGAAUGGAACUGCGAAUGGCUACAGCCUUUAUAAGAAGCCGUUUGUUGAAACCUUUGAAGAAGCCCCAAUGUACGUGGCAGUAAUGACCUAUAUUGGCUAUGGAUUGGUCACUUUGUUUGGUUACUUGAGAGACUUUAUGAGAGCAUGGGGUCUAGAGAAAUGCCACAUGGCCGAGGAGAGGCAAGAACAGAAAGAUUUCGUCCCCCUAUAUCAAGACUUUGAAAAUUUUUACACUCGAAAUCUUUAUAUGCGAGUACGAGACAACUGGAAUCGCCCCAUUUGCAGUGUUCCGGGACCGCAGUUUGACCUUAUGGAACGAUUGACUGAUGAUUACAACUGGACAUAUAGGCACACAGGGAAAGUCAUUAAAGACGUCAUAAACAUGGGAUCUUAUAACUACCUGGGAUUUGCAGAGAACGACGAGGAUUUCCUGGUCCCAGUAAUGGAUAUGGUGCAAAGUCAUGGUGUCGGAGUUUGUAGCAGCAGGCAGGAGAUGGGCAAUUUGGAUAAGCAUGAAGAGUUAGAGAGACUGGUCGCUGAAUUCCUUCAUGUAGAAUCAGCUAUGGUGUUCAGUAUGGGCUUCGCAACCAAUUCGACAAAUAUCCCCGCGUUAGUUGGCAAGGGCUGCCUCAUUCUAAGUGAUGAAUUGAACCACACCUCUCUAAUCCUGGGUGCUAGACUGUCUGGAGCGACCAUCCGCAUCUUCAAGCACAAUAAUAUGCAGAACCUGGAGAAGUUAUUGAAGGAUGCAGUGGUAAAUGGCCAACCUCGCACUCACAGAGCCUGGAGGAAAAUCCUUAUACUUGUUGAGGGAAUUUACAGCAUGGAAGGGUCCAUGGCCCGUCUUCCAGAAAUUGUUGCCUUAAAGAAGAAGUAUAAGGCUUAUCUAUAUUUGGAUGAAGCUCACAGUAUUGGCGCAGUGGGACCGACAGGUCGAGGAGUAAUUGAAUAUUUUGGCAUAGACCCCACGGACGUAGACGUGCUCAUGGGCACAUUUACGAAAUGCUUUGGUGCUGUCGGAGGGUACAUUGCUGGGACACGGGAACUCGUGGCCACUUUAAAAUCACAUUCACACAGCUCUGUGUAUGCAGCAUCCAUGUCUCCACCUGUGACCGAGCACAUCAUCAAAGUAAUGAAAUGUAUUAUGGGAUGUGACGGGACACUUAUCGGAAUUCAGAGAGUGCAGCAGUUGGCAGAGAACACCAGAUAUUUCCGGCAGCGGUUACGCGAGCUGGGAUUCAUUAUUUAUGGGAAUGAGGAUUCUCCGGUUGUACCGGUACUCCUGUAUAUGCCAGGAAAAGUAGGCGCCUUUGCAAGGCAUAUGUUGGAGAGGAAAAUUGGUGUUGUCGUCGUCGGGUUCCCUGCAACACCCAUUGCUGAAGCCAGGGCUCGGUUUUGCAUUUCAGCCUCUCACACGAAGGAGAUGUUGGACACAGUUCUUGAUGCAAUGGAUGACUUGGGUGAUUUCCUGCGUGUGAAAUAUUCCAGGCUCUCGACAGCAACCAAAGGAAACCAGCUACCAAAACCAGCAGAUACAAACCUUGAGCUUGAUGCCUGAGUGUGCCUCUUGACCGAUAUCCUGAAGCUUCCAAUCUCUCUCAAAGACUAUUACAAGUGGAUAACAGUCUUAUGCCCUUCAUUGCAAGAGCAGUCAACAUUCCCUACUGUGGACCCAUGCAAUAAAGGGAUAACGUAAAUAUUCAUUGAACAUUCCUACAGCAAUCGUUUUCUAUCUCAGUUCAUCGCAAGUCUCCCUUGAUCAUUUCCACGACCAGUUUAUUUGCACAUAUGAUAUGAAUAUUAACCAAACGAAAACCAGUGAGGUCAUUUGAGAGUAACUAUAGGAAUGAAUGAGUGACUUUUUUGAUUUUUGUAAAAAAAAAAAAAAUCUUCAGAAGGAAAUGAUAAAACAAGCAGAAUACAACCCUAAGCAAAACAAAACUAGUAUUCACACACAUUCAUGGAAAAUGCUUCUGUAUUUGAAAUUCAUGAAUCUGCUGACAUGCAAAAAGUAGAGAUAUAAGGCGUUCUAAUUUUUGCACUGGAAAUGGUAUAAAAAGACAUAUUUUUGUUUAAACAUUGGACUAAAGCACCCUGAAUUUUUGUUUUGUUAAAGAUUUUAUUUUAGAUCUGGUGAUUUUGUCCAUGGUAUGAUACUAAUCCUAGCUUUUAAAAUACCAAAACUGACCAGUCUAUCUUUUUCUUUUCUUAUUUAUUUUUUUAUUUUUAUUUUUUUAUAAAUAAAAGUGCCUUGGUGUGCUAUAAGGGGUGUAACCAAAUUGGCAGGAACAUUUCCCCCUUGAUCAUCUCUUGAAUUCACACUAAUUUUUAAUUUAUAACAUGCACAUAGUAAAUCAGUUUUAUAUAUGCAGUUUUAUAAAUAAUAUAUUCUUAUUUAUAAACCUAUAGUUUUAUAUACGUGAUGUGGUUUCAACACUCUAAGGAAAAGAUAUGUGCGGCAACUGAGCUAGCUAACUGUGAGAAACAUCUGUAAAAUAGGUUAUAAUUUGUGGGGGUUUUAUUAAAAAACAUGGUUCUAUAUUUUUAUAUAACAAAAUAAAAAAAAAAACCUUUGACAAUAAGCACAAGUGUGUAGUAUUCUAGCAUCAAAAAUAACAGAAUCCUUUCUUUCACUCUUCGUAAAAGACGUAAUUAGUAAUUUUUUAAUUUUAGCACUUUAAUUACCGUAAUUGUGCACUAGACAAUUAUAUGAAUUUUAUCGUGAUGAUUGCCGAAAAACUGAGUUUAUCAGAGUGAGCCUCAUCGUAUUUCUUGUCAGUUCUUGCUUACCAUAAGCCCCCCCCCCUUUUUAAAUACAUCUAGUGGUUCUAGAAGUUUAAGAAUUGUGUAAUCCCUGAAACCUUAGACACUUUUUAGCAUCAUCCUUGAAUGCUGACCAUUCACGGUCCUUAGUGUUUAGAGGACCACUAAUCUAGACAUGUAUUUCUACUGCAAUAAAUGAAUUCAAGCGGUUUUAUAAGAAACCAUACACUCAAAGAGAAUCUUCAAUAAUGAAGUCCCUUUAUUUCUUUUUAACCUUUUAAGUAUUGUCUAUGGAAAGAAAAUCUUCUGGCCACAACAUUUUCCAUCCUUAUGACAACCCUCAGUGCUGCUAUAACUUCGCAUAGUUUGAGAUGUGCUGCUCAAACAAAACCUCUCUGUACUAAGUAGGGGUUAUCACAUGCAUUCUGUCAUACAGAAUAUUAGGCAGGGUAACGAUUUUCUUGUCAUUCUCACUUAUCUCUGUUAUAGCUCAGUUAGGGCUUAGAUAUAAAUCCAAUAGUCGUAAUCGCUAUGGAAGUGGGGGGGGAGUAAGUGAUUGCAGCAUGCUGAGAUUAACAUUUUGGCUAUUUUUAAGAGUCCCUGGGAGGUAACUCUUACUGCAUAUAAGGCAGGUAGUGUUCGUUGGGAAAGCUGACCUUAUCUAAAACUAAAAUUACCUUGUUUUGGGGAUGGGUGCAACAUUCUGCUUAAAUACAUAAUUGUUAGUCAACUGAGCACGUGAAUUCACAUUGCACCCUGGACCAUGUGAACUAAGCAGCUGUAUCAUUCUUUACCCUGUUUGAGCCUUGACACCCCGUAUGGGAACGGGAUGUCUAAACCGUACUGCUACCUAUCUGAAAACAGUUAUGUAUUUAUAGACAUGUAUAUUUGACUUAAAUAUUAUCCACUAUACAUAGCCAG